AUGGUUGCUCGACUAGCCGCAAUGAUGAGUAUCCCUGACAACUUCCACCUGCAUCGCCUACCGAAUCUGCUCUGCCCCAUUUUGGGAUACCGUGAGAUUGCCGGUGCCGAUGCUGGCAUCCAUGACACACAUCCACUGAAAGAGGCAUGGGGUCUACAAUCCGGAAUCUACACACCCAAACAACUAGUCGAGAGCUUCGCGCCCCUCCUCGACACAGUCAUAUUCCACCUUGGCGAUGGUCCCCGAGGAACCAAACCAGCCCGCACUCAAUUGCUAGAAAAUAUCGCUGCCAAUUUGGCUACGAAUACCCGUGAGGCCACCCUGCGCCUGGCAGAACCCCUCGACAUCUCACGGCGAGAGAUGAAUGCCCAGGCUAUCCGGAUCGGCAAGACUCUAGUACGAUGGGCUCGAGAUCAAGAAUCCAGCAGCAAAAGACCCGUCGAUGUUGACCUCCAACUCCGUAGCUCCUGCGAGGGCCACCUUCUAACACCAUUCAACGUGGAUCUCAUGUUCGGCGACCGCAGUCAACCGCAUCUAAUGCAGCUCUUCAACGAGUAUAUGCAUCAGAUGGUCCUGCUCCGCGAUGCACUCUUGCCAUUCCAGAAUUACCAGGAUGUCCUCAUCCCCAUCAACCGCAAAGCACGAGGUCUCCGCCAUCUUGAAUCCGCACGAAGCCAAUUCCUAGCAGACAUGCUGACCAGGCACACCACGCAGCGCAAUGUUGUAACAUUUGCCAAGGCACUUCUUGCGCCGGACCUCGUUCCUUCGGAGAGUGCUGGGUAUGGCUUCCAGUAUGCACAGGGUAUUAUCCUGCCCGCUUUUCUGGCCGGUGGGCCGACUGCGUUGCACUUGCUGCAGUAUGUUCCUGUUCGAGUCAAUGCAGCCGUGACGGAUGCCGUAUUUGAGUAUCAGUUCGACGAUUAUUAUUCGGCUCCUCGAGCUGAGAUUCCUCCUGGCAUUGAGGAAGUGAUUUCCGAACCAGCCAGCUUCUCUGAGCAAGACAUCCAGUUCAAAGAUGGGCCUUCGAUUGGUCUUGUUGACGGCUCACAAGGUGAUUCACGACUCGACCAAGCUUGUCGAUUAGAGAUGCGAUUUGAGUUGGAGGGUGGGAAGCGUAUGGCUGUCGACGUGGGCCAAAUCUCUCGCGGUCAUCGGUACUCAUACAUUACAGAAGACUCCGAGUCUUCGGUCAAUGGUGCAAACAAUAGCAGUGCUGCUCCCAAGCCUCACCAUUCCAUUAUUGUUCAUGAUGCUGUGAGCAUUCUGGAAACCGCCGACUCCAGCCUCUUGGCUACAAAGGAAAAGGGCGUCCAUGUCAUACCGGUUGAGAACCCCUUGAUUGCCUUUGCCAUACUCGGUAAGCUCUACCCUGGAAAUGUCGUGCUUCUGCCGAGGGGCCGAGAAAUCAGCCUCGCGGAUAAGGCUGGCAAAAGGUUCGAGCCAAAGUUUGUUAUAUGGGGUGGCGCACAGCCAGGAGGGCUGAAAGGGGUAUUUUAG